AUAAAUACUGAACUUAGAAGAAGACUUCUGAGAAUGUUUGAAUGUUACAGUGACCUAGCUUAUCAGCAGGUGGUCGUGAACAACAUGUCAGCAGUAUUCAGCAUCGCAAAGCCUCAGUUUGGUCACUGGCUUCUAGAGCAGGUGAAGGGCGGCCAGUACGAGGGACUGUACAUGACCGGCACGCACACAUUCCGAAUCCCAUGGAAGCACAACUCAAGGAAGGACUGCGGCGACAAGGACAACAAAAUAUUCCGAGAAUGGGCAGUAGUUAGUGGUAAGAUCAACGAAUAUCCCAAUGACAAGGCAAAGUGGAAGACCAAUUUCCGAUGCGCGCUCCACAGUCUCAAACAGUUCGAGAUGACAGAGGAUAACUCCAAAGACGAAGAGAAUCCCCAUAAAAUAUAUCGCAUCAUCGGGGCGCAAAACCAGGAGAGUCAGAAUACUAUGUACAACUCGGCAGACGGACAGUUAGAGGCAAUGGAGCAUGAUGACUUGUUAAGUCACUUGGGCACUUUACAUCUCAAUCAACCACAAACAGACGUUCAACCUUGGCCAGUCUAUCCACCGCAAGUUCUGGCAGGUCCAAGCAACAACUUUGCAGCAUCCCUACCUGCUGGCCACCAGCACUGCCUGCAGAAUAACAGCCUGCUUGCAGUACCCGUACUAAUACCGGAGCCCUACACUACAGUGUACCCGCUGGAGAACCUGCCCUGCCCUUAUGAGUUGGACAUCUCAAUUUACUACAGGAGAUCCGAGGUGCUGAGGGAGCGGCGCUUGGCUCCAUGCAUUCAGCUGCACUACCAGUGUGACCAGUCGGAGCUGAGGGGGGAGUCCGUUCCCUUCCCCAGCACAGAGUGCCUAGUGGACCACAAACAGAUCCAGUACACUAAGCGCAUCCUGGACAGCAUUCAGAGAGGUCUGCUGCUGGACGUGAACUUGCUGGGCAUCCACGGCUUCCGCCAGGACAAGUGCAGCGUGUUCGUCAGCACCGCGGACCCGGCCGAGGUCCAGAGGCCGGAGCUGAGGAAGCUGCCGCAGAACUGCAAGGAGCUGCUCUUCAGCUUCGAGAAGUACAUAAAAGAUCUCAUGGAUUUUAAAGAGAACAGGUGUGGACCUCCUAACUACACAAUCUAUUUGUGCUUUGGGGAGAAAUUCCCUGAUGGAAAGCCACUGGAGAAAAAACUAAUUCUUGUAAAGAUUGUGCCUCUGAUCUGCCACGAGCUGUACAAGAGAGCCCAGAUGGAGGGAGCGUCAUCGCUGCAAAACGACAACAUCAGCCUGCAGAUCUCCCACAACAGUCUGUUCGACCUGAUCGAAGCCACCUUCUGUCUGCCUACAGCUGACUGAAGCGCCUAGCACGUCCGCCUUAGCUCUGCACGCUGGCUGCGCAGCUUUCACUGGAAUGAAUGGAUUUUAAAUGAUUGUGUAUAUAAUGUUAGGAUGGGAAAACUGUAACAAUGAUGUAAGAUGUAACAAUUGUGAGUGAAACUUUUGUUUUUCUCAGUCAUGCAUUUAGCUGUCCAUUCAAAGAAAUGCCGUCAUGAAUCUGAACUUGGAAAACUCUAAGCUCUAGCAAAGAGCAUGUUACAAGACUUUUUUCCAGUGAGAAAUAAAGUGAGAAAACUCUAAUUAUUUAAUUUA